AUGUCGGAUCCGGCCCAGGCCGUCCGGGCCUUCAUGGUCGGCUCCUUUCAACAGCUGCCUCCGUCCCUCGUAGAUGAUUUGGCGACCGGAACAGUCUCUCUCCUUGGUGUCGUACGUCUACUUGGAGAGUACCUCACUUCAGAGGACGAAGAGACCAGGACAAGAGCCGUCCAACUCCUGUCCGACCUCACAUGCCACUUUCUCGACCCAGACACGCCACCUUCCCAGUCCGACAAGCACCAACCGCUCAGCACCAUCUUCACAAUCCAGGCCGUGCGCACCCUCUCAGCCUUCUUUGCCGACAAGAUCGCCGACGGUGUCAUCAUUUCCGACAACUUUGUGCGAUCUGCACAGGCGCCCGAGGUGCUACCCGAAUCCGCACCCCGCGCACGCAGGAAUGAGGCAGAGCAAAAGACGCUGCAGGGAAGCGCCAUGCUCGUCAGCUCCCUCAAGGCGCUAUCGGUGCUCAGUGCGUGCAAGGCACCCGCGGCGCCUGCUGCCUCGUCCGAGCCAGCACCUGUUAAAGGCUUCGGCAAGGAGCAGGCGCAUGCCGUCGCCGAAGCUCUCUUCUCCCACGUUGUUGCGACCAAUCACCCACAGAGCCUUCGUUUCAUCAUUUAUCGUCUCCUGGACAGCCUCAUUGCACAUCAUAGGGACGCGCUCAAGACAUUCCGCUCGUCCUCCGUUGCCUCUGCUUCCUCCGAUCCACCACAGCAGGCCUCUGCAGCCUCCCCGCCCGCCGCGAUGGACGUCGACGAGUCUGCGGAAAAGCCCGAGGCGGAGCAGUCUGACAUCGACGCACCCAAGUCCGAAACGUGCGAGGGCAAGGACUUCCUUCAGGGCUACGCCAAGAUGGUUCAGGGUGAAAAGGAUCCGCGCAACCUCAUGGUGCUAUUUGGCGUCGACAAGGUGCUCCUCACCGAGUGGGUCAUGGAUCGCGAAAUGACCGAAAAGUUCUUUGACAUCACCUUCUGCUACUUCCCCAUCACCUUCCGGCCGCCACCCGACGAUCCGUACGGCAUCACCUCGGACGACCUCAAGGUAGCGCUGCGCGCUGCCAUCUGCGCCUCGCCCGCCAUGGCACCUCUCGGCUACCCGCUCCUCCUCGAGAAACUCAGCGCGGCCGGUGGCCCAGCGAAGCUCGACACGCUGCGCACCUUGAUCGCUGCGAUGCCCGUCUACGGCCGCGCUGCUGCGCUCGCCAACGCCGCCAAGCUCUGGGAAGGCCUCAAGAUCGAGAUCUUCCAUGCCACCGACGACGAGACGGGAGACCUGGCCGUUGACACGCUCACUGUGCUCCUCCAUGUCCUGUACCACGGAGUCGAUCCGCCCGAGGGUGUCGCGCCCAAGAUGGUUCACGACUGUCUCGUCGAGCUCGAGGAGCCGGGCAAGUCGCUCGCGAAGGCAGGCAUCAAGGUGCUCUCGUGCCUGGUUCGUGCAUCGGCCAGCACCGCCUACCUCGCCGUAUACGGAUUCAUGGACCAGAUGAUCAAGAUGUUCGCCGACCCGGAAGACCUUGCCCAGCGCACACCGAUCCUUGCCGGUAUCGGCGAGCUUCUCGAGGUGGUGGCAAAGGUGUACCGCCAUGCCGAGCUGGCCAAGAACCAGGCUGCUGUUGACGCCAAGGCGCAUGUCCGGGGACCUGGCGAGGGCGCAACGAGCGAGAUCGGAUUGGGUCAGCUGCUGCCCGCCAGUGCGAUCGAGCGCUCGUACGCGGGUGACAACCGACCUUUAGAUCCGUUCAUCUCUGACCUGCUCAACUGUCUUUCGAACGGCCUUCGUUCGACGUCGUACCGUCGCUCGGCCAUGCUGGUCUUUUCGUCGGUCGUGUCCAUCUCGAUCCUCAGCAGCAACAGCGUCGCGCCGGCCGAUAGUACUGCGGCCGCUGUGGGCACCAAGUCGAACACAGCGCUGCUGGACUUUGACGAGCUGAGCUUCCUUACGCGAGAAGUGGCGUCGCUGCUCGUCUCGUCCGUCGGCGACGAUGUGAGGGAGGAAGCGCUGUGCGCGAUCGAGGUGAUAUCCAACGAACGCACUGCCAACACGCUCGCCGCUGCCAACCCCACCGCACGAGUCAUCGAGCAGGUCGUGCUGCCUGUCCUGCUCGAGAAGCUGCCGGACCGCAUCGAGCCCGUCGGCAACCCCGAGGAGCGCAGUGCCGGAAACGCUGUCGACGAGAUCGAGGCCGAGCUUGACCUGGCCAAGGCUAACAUUCGUCGCAGUCUGGGCGCGCUCUCCCGCCUGUGUGUGGCGCCGUUCCUUUUCGAGGCUGUGGUGGUGAAGCUGUUCACCAAGCUCGAGCUGUGCUGUCGUCCGAGUUCCCGACCCAUGGCCGGUGUCGACAACGAUGAGGGCAAGGAUGCGACGACUGUGCAGAUGCAGGCGCGUGUGCUACAGGAAGCCAAUCUGGGCUAUGCGCGCGGUCUGAUCUUGACGCUGCAGACCAUGGUGGAUCUCAAGCGACAGAACGCGCACCGCGACCUAGCCAAGUACGCGCAGACGCUGCCGUCGCGUCUGGUGAGCUUGACGCUUUCGGGGCUCGAGACGGCGAGUGCGACGGGGCAGCUCAGCAUUGCGGCCCAUCCGGCCGUGGUGGCGGAUACGGCCGCACUACUCGGCACAUUCGUCAAGCUGCUCGAUGACAAUCGCCAGCUCGAGCUGCUGGCGAGUCUCAACAAGACCUUUGUGCGCGGCAACGCGCCGUUUGUCGAUGCUGCCUCGGGCUCGGUCGGAGAAUCGCUUGUUUCAUCCGGGUCGAUUUUGGCGCAGUCGUUUGCGCCAUUCUCGACGGUCGCUGCGGGCGACGUGGUUGCCGUGGCGAGUCGCAAUGCAGUUGCACUACUGUCGGCUGCCGUGGUGGCCUCUGCGCCCGCAGCGGGAGUGGUGCAGCUAGCAUCCGCGUCCGAUAGCGUCAGCUCGCGGUACGAGGCUGCGUUGGCCUCCCUAGCAUGCUUGCUCGAUUGGACGCUGCGCACCAUCGCCAGCACCGCCGGUAGCGACGAUGCCGUGUACAAAGCAUCGCAGGCUCUGCAGCUCAACAGCGCGUACUGGGCAGCCACGGCGCUGGUGAACAAGUUUAUCGACGAGACGCAGCCUGCGUUCCUGACGCUGCUCGACGACUUCUGGGGGCAGAACAUCAAGACCACCGGACAGGCGGGGGCUCGGCGGGUGGCACUGCAGAUGUGGAUGUGGCUGACGCGCGCACUCGUAGUCAAGUCGUCCAAGCUCGCCGAGGCGAUGCUCAACCGUGUGCUCAUCGAGAUCUUUGACGAUGUCUCUGGCGCGGUCGGUUCAUCGGGCCAACUUGUGCAGUCGUCUGGCGCAGGUUCGAUGGACUGGAAAUUCGCACGGGCAGCAGCGAGGGAUUUGUCGACGAUCGUUGGAGUUGCCGAGGACGGAAUCUCGACCAAGGAGAACGGGUUCACGGUGCGGCUGUUGUGGAAGCAGAAGCUGUUUUCCUUUGUCCUGCCACGGUUGCUCGAGUCGUACGGGGCGGCGGCGAAGCAUUCCCACCAUGUGCAUGGGGAUCAUUGCCACCAUGCAAGCGACACUGUAGAUGCCAAGACGAUCUACCUUGUUUCGCUGGCGGGGUUAUUGCCUUCGCUGCCACCGAGCAUGUUGGUGGAGCGACUGGAGGGACUGUUCCCGCUCCUGAUCCAGGCGCUCGAGUUGCCUGAUUCCAAAGCACGCUCUGCCGCUGCUAAUGCACUCACGGUGGCUAGCGAGGUGGGCAAGAAGAUCUCCGCAAGCCAGGAUGGAUUCAACCCGACCAGGCUUAUUGUCGACCAUCUCUCCGCCAUCACCGCCAAAUUGCUGGCGAACAUCGAGCCAGGCACGCAUUCGCCACCUAGCACGCGAAUUGCGGCCCUGCGCACGCUGUCGAGUCUAGCAGCCCGAACUGACAGCGAAGAUGUGCCGACCCAGACGGGCGGGUUGGAACACCACCACCUGCACCCACUGCGCAACAACGUGCUCAAGAAACUCGCGCAGACCAACGCGGGGAUCGACGACCCAGUGCGUGCCGUUCGCACCGCCGCCGUAGACGCCCGCGACGCCUGGUUCGCCGUGGCUGAAACGUAA